CUGCUCUCUCCGGGAAGUGAUCCCCAGGACCCGGUGAGGGACCUUCCCCGGCAGAGGAGGAGGCCUGUCUCAGCCCGCCGCGCCUCUGGACGCGAGGACUGUGCGCCGGCUCCCAAACCAACAGUGGGCUUUGUGCCCCUCAAGAAUCUCUCUAGCCCCUCCUGCUUGGGGGGCCUUGCUUCUGCCGGGGCAGCUGGAAAGGGUAGCAAGUCACGAGGCAACCGACACUGACAAGUUCUAGCUUGCACGUCAAGUACCAAACAAACAACGAGUACUGGGACAAAAUUUUCACAUCAAAAUGCGCCGAGUACCAAAUUCAACGAGUUUCAAACCAGUCGAGCACCGAGCUUCGGAUGCAGGGGUCACCAUGGCAACUGAAGAGUCCAUCAUCCGCAUCCCCCCGUACCACUACAUUCAUGUCCUGGACCAGAACAGCAAUGUGUCCCACGUGGAGGUCGGGCCAAAGACCUACAUCCGGCAGGACAAUGAGAGGGUACUGUUUGCCCCCCUGCGCAUGGUGACUGUCCCCCCAAGCCACUACUGCACGGUGGCCAACCCUGUGUCCCGGGAUGCCCAGGGCUCAGUGCAGUUUGAUGUCACCGGGCAAGUGCGGCUUCGCCACGCUGACCUGGAGAUCCGGCUGGCCCAGGACCCCUUUCCCCUGUACCCAGGGGAGGUGCUGGAAAAGGAUAUCACCCCACUGCAGGUGGUCCUGCCCAACACUGCCCUCCACCUUAAGGCGCUGCUGGGCUUUGAGGAUGAGAAGGGAGACAGAGUGGUAGCCGGAGACGAGUGGCUAUUCGAAGGACCGGGCACGUACAUCCCCCAGAAGGAGGUGGAGGUUGUGGAAAUCAUUCAGGCCACGGUCAUCAGGCAGAACCAGGCCCUGCGGCUCAGGGCCCGCAAGGAGUGCCGGGACCGGGAUGGCAAGGACAGGGUGACAGGAGAAGAAUGGCUGGUCCGCUCAGUGGGUGCAUACCUCCCAGCUGUGUUCGAGGAAGUUCUGGAUUUGGUGGAUGCCGUGAUCCUCACGGAAAAGACUGCCCUGCACCUCCGGGCUCGCCAGAACUUCCGGGACUUUAUGGGAACGCCCCGCCGCACUGGGGAGGAAUGGCUGGUGACGGUGCACGACACAGAGGCCCACGUGCCCGACGUCCACGAGGAGGUGCUAGGUGUCGUGCCCAUCACCACCUUGGGCCCCCACCACUACUGCGUGAUCCUCGACCCAGUCGGGACAGACGGAAAGAACCAGCUGGGACAAAAGCUUGUCGUCAAGGGAGAGAAGUCUUUCUUCCUUCAGCCCGGGGAGAGGCUGGAACAAGGCAUCCAGGACGUGUACGUGCUGUCGGAGCAGCAAGGCCUGUUGCUGCGGGCCCUGCAGCCCCUGAAGGAGGGGGAGAUCUCGCGCCAGGCCGGGGACCGCUGGCUCAUCCGCGGGCCCCUGGAGUACGUGCCGUCCGCCACGGUGGAGGUGGUGGAGGAGCGUCAGGCCAUCCCUCUGGACGAGAACGAGGGCAUCUACGUGCGGGACGUCAAGACUGGGAAGGUGCGCGCUGUGAUUGGAAGCACCUACAUGCUGACCCAGGAUGAGGUCCUGUGGGAGAAGGAGCUGCCCCCGGGGGUGGAGGAGCUGCUCAACAAGGGGCAUGACCCUCUGGCUGACCGGGGUGAGGUGGCCAAGACCCUUCAGCUCCCAGCUAUCCGGGACAAGACCCGUGUGGUCAGUUACCGCGUCCCACACAACGCUGCGGUGCAGGUGUAUGACUACAGGGAGAAGAGGGCUCGCGUGGUCUUUGGGCCCGAGUUGGUGUCGCUGGGUCCCGAGGAGCAGUUCACGGUGCUGUCCCUCUCGGCUGGAAGGCCCAAACGUCCCCAUGCCCGCCGCACACUCUGCCUGCUUCUCGGGCCCGAUUUCUUCACAGACGUCAUCACCAUCGAAACGGCAGACCACGCCAGGCUGCAGCUGCAGCUUGCCUACAACUGGCACUUUGAGGUCCGUGACCGCAAGGACCCCAAUGAGACAGCCAAGCUCUUCUCAGUGCCUGAUUUCGUGGGCGAUGCCUGCAAGGCCAUUGCGUCCCGGGUCCGGGGGGCCGUGGCCUCCGUCACCUUCGAUGACUUCCACAAGAACUCGGCCCAGAUCAUCCGCACUGCCGUCUUCGGCUUUGCGGUUCCGGAAGCCAAGGAGCCCGAUGGCACGGCCCUGCCCCAGCCCCGGGACCGGGCAGUCUUCCCCCAAAACGGGCUGGUGGUCAGCAGUGUGGACGUGCAGUCGGUGGAGCCCGUGGACCAGAGGACUCGGGACGCCCUGCAGCGCAGCGUCCAGCUGGCCAUCGAGAUCACCACCAACUCCCAGGAGGCCGCUGCCAAGCACGAGGCCCAGAGACUAGAACAGGAAGCCCGAGGUCGGCUCGAGAGGCAGAAGAUCUUGGACCAGUCGGAAGCUGAAAAAGCUCGCAGGGAGCUCUUGGAGCUAGAGGCACUGAGCACGGCCGUGGAGAGCACCGGGACCGCCAAGGCCGAGGCCAAGUCGCGCGCAGAGGCAGCGCGGAUCGAGGGAGAAGGCUCCGUGCUGCAAGCCAGGCUGAAAGCGGAGGCCUUGGCCAUUAACACGAAAGCCGAGCUUGAGCGGGUGCAAAAAGUGAGAGAGACGGAACUGGCCUAUGCCCGAGCCCAGCUGGAACUGGAGGUGAGCAGGGCUCAGCAGCUGGCUGAGGUGGAGGUGAAGAAGUUCAAGCAGAUGACGGAGGCCCUGGGUCCCAGCACCAUCAGGGACAUGGCUGUGGCUGGGCCGGAGAUGCAGGUCAAACUGCUCCAGGGCUUGGGUCUGAAAUCGACCCUCAUCACCGAUGGCUCCACUCCGAUCAACCUCUUCAACACAGCCUUGGGUCUGCUGGGGAUGGGUUCUGAGGUUCAGCCCCUAGUCAAAAAGAUGGACGGGGUGUCUGUUCCCCAAGAAGGCUUGCUUUUGCAGUCCCCUCCUGCCCCUCCAGCUCCCCGGAGCAGCAGCUGUACCAGGCCUUAGCUCUGUCCUGUGCUAACAAAUAAAACUGACUUUUCUGGGCAUUUAAA